GAGCAGAGCGCUGAGGCGUCCCCUUCUCCUUGCAGGCAGCUGCUUCUGCUACGACAACCCGGCGGCUCUCCAGACGCAGGUGCAGCGGGACAUGAAGGUGAACACGGCUCAGUUUAUGGCGCUCUACGCCUGGUAUUCCUGGCCCAAUGUGGUUCUUUGCUUCUUUGGAGGUUUUCUGAUAGACAGAGUUUUUGGAAUACGGUUGGGCACUGUAAUAUUUAGUAUCUUUGUUUGUGUCGGGCAGGUAAUAUUUGCUUUGGGAGCACUACUUAAUACUUUCUGGCUGAUGGACAUGGGCAGAUUCAUAUUUGGAAUAGGCGGCGAGUCCUUAGCGGUGGCACAGAACACGUAUGCAGUCAGUUGGUUUAAAGGCAAGGAGUUAAAUCUUGUGUUUGGAUUACAACUAAGCAUGGCCAGAAUUGGGAGCACAGUGAACAUGAAUAUCAUGGGAUGGAUAUACUCUAGAGUUCGAGAUCUUCUGGGCUAUACUGGUCCCAGUACUCUUGGGUUAACUCUUAUGAUAGGUGGCCUAACAUGUCUCUUUUCACUGGGCUGUGCGUUAAUCCUGGCUUAUCUGGACAAGAGAGCGGAGAAGCUCCUCUGUAAAGAGCAAGGAAAAACGGGUGAAGUGAUUAAGCUAACUGAUGUGAAGGACUUCUCUUUGUCCUUGUGGCUCAUAUUUGUAAUCUGUGUCUGUUACUAUGCAGCAGUUUUUCCCUUCAUUGGACUUGGGAAGGUAUUCUUCAUUGAGAAAUUCAAGUUCUCAUCUCAAGAAGCCAGUGCAAUUAACAGUAUUGUGUAUAUCAUAUCGGUACCCAUGUCCCCAGUCUUCGGACUCCUGGUGGAUAAACUUGGAAAGAAUAUCAUCUGGGUUUUAUGUGCUGUAAUAACUACACUUGCUUCUCACGUUAUGUUGGCUUUUACCUUCUGGAAUCCCUGGAUAGCAAUGUGUUUGCUGGGAGUGGCUUACUCUUUGCUUGCCUGUGCCCUGUGGCCCAUGGUGGCCUUUGUUGUUCCAGAACACCAGCUGGGGACUGCUUAUGGCUUUAUGCAGUCUAUCCAGAAUCUUGGUCUGGCAAUCAUUGCGAUAGCAGCUGGGAUGAUUCUGGACACAAGAGGAUACUUGUUUCUUGAAGUCUUCUUCAGUGCUUGUGUCUGCUUGUCACUAAUAGCUGUAGUCAUGCUGUAUUUUGUGAAUCAUCUCACUGGUGGUGAUCUCAACUGGUCUGCAAAGAAAAGGGAAAAAAUGCAAAAAGUAGCUGCAACUGAAGCGGAAGAACAAGAGAGACUCAGACGUCAAAAUGAAGAUGACUUGGCUAAAUUACGGCCAAAAGCUGAUGACUUUAGUUUAAGGAAUAAAUACCUCUCCAAACUAGGAGCUCAGCUACCAGAUAAUUACUCUUCCUAUUUAUCGACAAUGGUACACAGAAGCAUGUUGAAAUAGCCUCUUGCCCCACUUGCCAAAGCAGAAAUACACUGAAGUUCACAAAACUUUGUUUCCAGCACUGACAACUCCUCCAGCAAAAGCAGAAUGAUGCACCAUACUUUCCUGGAAGCACAGAUCCUAUUUUUAAAAUACUUGGCUUAAGCUCCCCCUCUGCACCGUGGGUAAAUAACACAGAUGCUGAAGAACCACCACCCGCCCGUUUAUUUGAACCCAUGAGCUACGUGCUAGACCCUCCUCUCUAAAAUGCUCAGUGAGUCGCUGGAGUCAAUAGGUGAGACUUGAUCUCACGACGCAACGAUGUCGGAAACGUGAGAGCUUUGUUUCAGUAAUUGCUGUGAAAUGAGCCUUGGUGUAGGUACGGGUUAUUGAGCCUCUCAGGGGGGGCAGCUUCGUUACCACGAUGGAAGUGGUCUGCUGCUUUUUUUUUUUUUUCUUCUAGAAGAACGUGAGGAAAGAAUACCUUUUUAUUUUGGUCCGAGCAAAUAUUUCGGAGGAAACUAAACUAUACAAUCUCAGUGUUACAGUUCAGAAAGUGCUAGCCCUGGAAUUUUACACUAGAUCACAGGCUUAGCAAUAACCUCGUGUAAGUCCCGAUCAAUGUGAAAAAUAAUGUGUUUUUAAGAGGUUCUGACUAAAACCAAUGAAAACAAAUGCAGGAACUGAAGUUUAGCUUUCAGUGGGGGACGUGGUGUUCAAUUUCUUAAUGAAACUUAAUGCUUUCCCAUAAUUUCAGUGGAAGGCUUGUUGCUGAAUAGCUGGUUCCUAGGAACUCCUGCGGAGUGCUGCUUUUUAUUACUCACAGAGGCUGGCAUAUGUAAUUGGGCAAACUAGUCCUAAACUAAGCUAAUCUUACUUUAAAAGGCAAGAGCAUCUGGCUUGCUGGAGCACUAGGUGCUGCUAUACAAGUAGAGCUGAAGGUGCACAGGGGUGAGUGAGCUUUCCUUGGCUGACUUCAGGGAGUCCUUGUGCGCCACAAAACGCUUAAGAGCCUUUGAUGAAUUGCUUGACUGCAGAGAAAGUAGUUUGUUACAAUAAAAAUGUUACAUUAUACCUGUAAUAUUUUAUUUUUUUUUUGCCUACAGUAAUUUAAGCAGACCUUGUGGAACUCACAGUCUUAAGGUUUUAUAUUUUUUUUUUUUUAAAGAUAUUUUCCCGUGGGGAUUUUUAUCUUCCUGAAGGACUAAGCCAGGACUAUUUUGGUUAAUAGUUUUGUAUUCUGAAGAGCAAUCUAGGAACAUCAAGUUGCAGGUUGUGAACUAGGCCGAGCUUACUGCCGCAGGGGAGCGGUGCGCUGACCUGUGAUCGGGUUUAUUGCUGCUUUCCGUGCUCCCUUGGCGAACCGAACGCUAUCAGCUCCGAGACGGGUUGAUACAAGCUGGUUUAUGAUUCCUUGUAGACUUGUGAAUUCUGGGUCUUUUUUAAUAAAA